AUGCUUCUAAAAAGGACCGGGUUACACAGAAUCUUUGAUCGAUUAGACCGAGAGCAGGCGUCACGGAGAGAGGCUCUUGAGCAGAUUCUUGAAGAAAGGAGGAGAGCUCUUCAGCUUGCGAACAGACGUGAGGUGCACAAGUGGGGCUCACUUUGUGGUAGUCUGGUGGCUGUUAUUUACGCUUUCCAUGCUUGGAAGAAAAAGCAACCGUUUUAUUUUUUACCCACGACUGCGAUUCUGGUAUAUCUUGCUUAUGUUGCCGACUACUUUCGCAGUUCUAGACGAACUAGCAAUUUUGAUUCUUUUAGUACGAGUUCUAUGUUUCCAAAAAGCAAGGUGAUUUGUCUGCCUGUAACAUUAGAGGCUAUUCGUAACCGACGGUUAAUGGAAUCUCUUUCGAUUGCUGAAUAUGAUUAG